AUGGUGUUCAACGGCGGGAGUGUUAUGUCGGUAGCCCUUUUCUCGGCUGAGGUUUGGCAGGAACUACGGCGUAUCCCCCCGUCGGAUCGCAUAAGCAGCCGGGAAAUGCUUGACCUUGUCUGCUUCUUCCCGCUCCAGGAACUGGGCCGAUACGCCGUAUGGUUUUUGACUGUUCUCUGUCUUCCUCCGCCAGGUUUGCUUUAUCCUGAAGUCGACGAAGAAGAAGAAGAAGAAGAAGACGAUCGUGAUCACGCUUUCGCUUAUAGCUCAUCUUCAGCUGCCAUCGCUACAUAUCAGAAUCACUUCCAUCUGCAUUUUGAGUGA